AUGUCUGCACUUGCUCUGCCCCUUCUAAGAUUCGACAAGUUACCAGCUGAGCUCAUCUCGCUGAUCAUCUACUAUGCUCAGAUAGCUUGGCAUAACGACCACUUUGCCGUACAUGCUCCAUACGCGGAGGUCAACCGUCACGAGGCAGCGCCCCCUGGGUCUGCGCCAUCCAACGUCCUUGCAUGCUGCAAUGGCGCACGAUCGGAUUUCAGUCGGCCGACUUGCAUACGCUCAGACCCCGGAAGAGCCCUUCCGACCCACCUGCCUUCUCCUGCCCAUAGCGCUUCGCUGGUAUCGAAAAGGCUACGCGGCGUCCUUCUUGAGGGUGAUCAGUUUCACAUCUGGCGAUUGGACAACACCUUGUACCCAGAGAUUGCACGCCGCUCUGGAGAACAACGUACCACCUCUCGUGGGCGGACCUUCAUAGAGUACGGAUCGCGCAACCUCAUAGCGUUGGACGUCUGCGCGUGUCUUCUUCGCGGCCUCCGUUCCUUCUACUCCAGUCUCGAGAGGGUCAAACUUCGGCUGCCGUGGUCCGGCAACCCAAGCCUCCCGUCAGAGUUACAACAGUUCCUUCGCGACAUCGCGGGUCGCGAGAACAGUCCUCUGCGUAGCUUCGACCUUGAAGCUCUAGACCCAGAUCCGCUUCACUUUCCGGAUGGUGAACGUCUGUUCAUGACGGCUUUGGAGAGCGUAAACCUGCUUAAUAGCCGGUUUUAUCGAGGCGACAAAUUUUACUACUCACCGACUCUGACCUCCCUGUAUCUCCAUCAAAGCCUUGACACCGCCGUGUCGUUUGGAUCGUCGCUAUCCAUCGGCCUCUUAGCGUGCGCCGCCACCCUCGAGUAUCUGACGAUCGACAUUGCCGAUGGGUUUGUCGCGGACAUCGAUGGGACCAUCACAUUUCUUCGACUGCGCUACUUCCGGCUUUGCACGGAUCCCUUGUUUGGGGCCCUCCUGCUCGGCAGGCUCGUUCUACCGUACGCUCUCGACCUGCAUCUCGAGCAGGUCGAGUCCUGGAGAGAGUGCUUUACUGCAAAGCACCCGGGAAUAUACGAAGUGCCCUUCUGGCCUUCGCAAUAUGCCCCAAACGAUCUUCCCUGGAGGCGACCGCACAGAUAUGCUCAAGAUCUGGCUCAACCCCAUCGCACCCGGACGACGCAUUCCUUCAACCCCGUAGAUCACCCGCCGAUCGCUGGUGAUCCAGCCGAACCGCUUUGGCGGCGCUCAACGAGGGUGAUGGGUCUGGACAUACGCAUCGAUCGAAACACCAAGCCCUCCGAGCCUGCGGCCGCACGCUUCCCUGAGCGUGUCAGCGUCAGUCUGGCGGAGUCUGCGCACGAACUGAGGCCGGUGCUGCAGGACCCGGUGGGUCGCGAUGCCGCAGGCAGUAUGGCGCUCGGUGACAAGCUCGCCGCACGGCGAUCCCUCACUUAUAGAGACAAGCAAGUGUCCGGGCAAGACCGUGAGCGGGACUUUAAUGCCCAGUAUCCGAAGGCUCUAUACGACACCAUUCAAUAUAUCCUGAGCCUUAUGCCCGACGCAUGGGCUUCCGCGUCUGAGCGCCGAGUGAAGGAGUUUGUCUUCGCGAAGGACAGCUGGCUACCGGAUCGCUCUCUAGGAUACCAACACAUCCUAGGGAGAUUCACAGCUCUUAAGGUCAUAUACUUUGACAGUCCUUCCAUUACUGCCAACCCGCGCUUCAAGCAGAACAUGGAGGGGUGCUUGGCGUUCGAGCAUCUCGAUGCACUGGCUCUGAGCCUGAAUGUUCCAGGCACCGGCGGCGCGUAUCUCUGUCCGGUACUGGAAGACAUCUGUGUGCGAGUAGCUUCAGGCAGGGUGCUGAGCUGGGUGGCACCAAGUAGCUGGGAUGAGAUUUUGAACUCACCAGCCCGUCUUGCCACGGGUGCUCGGAAGAUUCGGUUAAUCUCAGUGGAGUGA